AUGAGGCCCAUUGCUGUUGUGGAGGGCCAAGGUUUUAAGAACUUGCUAAAAGUUUUGGAACCUGGUUAUACAGUGCCAGCACGCCACACAAUCACUAAUGCGCUAACCGCAAAAUAUGAGGGACUCAAAGACAAAGUGUCUGCGUUAAUACAACAGAGCGAGGCACUGAGUUUGACCACAGAUAUGUGGACAUCUCUGAGAAUGGAGUCCUAUAUGACAGUGACUGCCCAUUUCAUUGAUGGAGACUGGAAAGCACAGAGUCUUGUGCUUGAGACAAAACAAAUGGAAGAGGCGCACACGGGAAUAAACAUUGCUGCACGACUAUCUGAAGUUGCGGAUACCUUCGGAAUUCAAGGAAAGAUAGUUUCUGUUGUAUGUGACAACGCGGCUAAUAUGACACUCUGUGUGGAAACACUAAAGGAAUCACAUAAAUGGGCAGAGAUGCAGGGCGUCAGGUGCGCCGGGCACACUUUGCAGCUCUGUAUUAACGCUGCACUCAAACAAGAUCCAAUUUGUCGUGCCGUGGCUGCAUCACGUCAUCUGGUGGGACAUUUCAAAAAGGGGCACAAAGCAAAAACUGGACUAAAACAGAAGCAGGAGCAGCAAAACGUCCCUCAGCAUGAAUUAAUUCAGGAUGUGUCGACACGUUGGAACUCAACAUUUUCAAUGUUGGAGCGACUGCUGGAGCAACGCUGGCCUAUUACCGCAGUGCUGUCUGACCCAAACUUUACAAAGAAGAGCGACAGCAGUACACUGGACCUUACCACUGCACACUGGAAUGCGAUAGAGGACAUUAAAAAUGUGCUGAAACCGAUGACAACCUUGACCGAGCUGCUGUCUGAAGAGGACAACGCAUCCCUGUCUGCAACAGUACCCAUGCUAGCAAACUUGAAGAAACGUCACCUGGCCAUCGCGGAUGAUGACAGCCCCAUUACCAAAAAAAUGAAAAGCAAGCUGGUCGAAGAAAUUGACGGUAGAUGGGAGUUUAAAAACCGAAUGAUGAUGACUAACAGUGUAUACAUUACAGCUGCAGUAGUAGACCCUCGUUUUAAGCAGCUGUCUUUUCUGGAUGAUGCCAAACGAGACGAGGCCUAUAUAGUAGUUGCACAGCUGGCAGAACGUCUGAAUGCAGUCACAGGCACAGGUGAACCUGGAAGUGAGGAGGAGCAACAUGUGUCAAAAAAGCAGAAAAACGACAAAGAGAAGGAGAUUGCUAUGCUGUUGUGCGAAGACGAAGACGAUCUGAUUUCUAGAGAAUCCGGUGGGAGAAGCAGAGUGACAGAAGAAAUGAAAAACUAUCUUCAGGACAGAACCAAAAUCGACUCCGGACCAUUGGGUUGGUGGAAAAAAAACCAAGACAGAUACCCGAGCCUAGCCCGAGUUGCAAAGCGACUGCUCUGUAUACCUGCAACUUCCACGCCGUCUGAACGCAUUUUCUCCAAGGCUGGAUUUAUUGUCAAUAAAGCAAGAAGUUGUCUCCUUCCAAAGAACGUGGAUAUGCUUGUGUUUCUCGCACACAACACAAAAAAGUGUGGAAUGGACAUUGAUUGUACUGUAAGUGAGUAG